AUGGAGCUCAAGAGAGGAAAGACCUUCAUAAAAUCCAAUGUGCAUCAUGAGAAAGUGCCACCAGUGCAUGCAGCUCCUACCAACAAAGAUGAGAUGGGCAAAGACAAAAAGGCGGCUCUGGAGGGAAAUCAAAGUGUGGCCGAAGUCCAGCUGGCAUGUUUGGCCACACACAAGAACUACAGAUUUUCUACCAGAGCAGCAAGGAAUGGAGCUGGUGGUCACAACCUGGAAAAAUCAUCUGGCUCCUCCUACAAGCUUGUAAGGAAGAGUAAAACCCAUGACUGCGUUGCUGAGGCGGACAAAACAGAGAACUGCAGCCCCAGCAGCAGGGCUUGUGAGGAGGGCUUUGUUGGAAAGGGCAAGGGCCGACUUGUCAAUAGCAUCAGCUUUUCAGGGAUGUCCAGCUCCAGCAGUAAGAAGGAGUGUGUGGUCAGCCCCAGUCAGUCUGCAUGCAGCAGUCAGAUGAUCGAUUACAGGAACUUUGUGCCACAGAUGCCGUUUGUACCAGCUGUUGCAAAAACUAUUCCCAGGAAGAGGAUUUCCCUCAAGAGAUCUAAGAAAGGGCUCAGAGAUAUAUUUCAUAUAAGAAAAAAUAAACCAGACAGCCUCUCAUUUCUGGUGGAGAAGGACAAGAACCUAUCCUCUCCAGGCUGCAAGAGUGAGUUAUCUGGAUGUCUAGCAAAGUAUCUUUUCAAAACUGGAGAAACUUGUGCAGCUGAUUUUUUGUCACAGGACUGCUCAGACAGUGAACUGCAGUCUGACUCCUCCUACGACUAUUGCAAUGCCUUGUGUGAAGAUGUUGCCUCCCUGAAGAGCUUUGACUCCCUCACUGGCUGUGGGGAAAUCUUUGCUGAUGAGAGCUCUGCUCACCUGGAGCUGGAGAACAGCAAAGACCUUCUGCUGAGGCGAAGCAAGCACAAAGACAGCCCUGGCAUGGGCUCCUUCCAAGGUGGGGUGGAGCAGCUGGCCUCUCCUGGCCAGAAUGAGACAGUGGAAUUUGCAAAGUUUUGGGACAACAUCAACAAAUCAGUAAGGCUGCAUCAGAGUGCUCUCUUUGAAAAGAAGUUACUGAAGAUACCUGGUUCUGACACAGAAAAGGAUAGAAGUCAGGCUGCUGUACUGGUCACAGACCCCCAGGUGUCACCUGAUAAAGAAGGUGACGAUUCCAAAGCCAGCUCCACAGAAACAGAAACACCGAAAAGUGAAAACCAGGAAACCACAUCCACGAGUGAUGAAGGCUACUAUGAUUCAUUCUCUCCUGGACAAGAUGGUGAACUGAAGGAAGCUCAGACCCCUGGUGUCCCAGGUAGAUUUCCAAGAGACAGCUACAGUGGAGAUGCCCUUUAUGAGCUCUUCUAUGACCCAAAUGAAGUAAAAGUAAACCCUAUCCUUGAUGAUGACUUGUGUGCCUCUGAAAGUGUUUCAGAGCAAGCCAUUGAAAUCCCUUUGUCCAUUUACAGCUUUCAUGUUGGAGCUGAGGAGAACAUGGCUUCUCAACCAACUCUAGACAUCAUUAGCCAGGGUUUUUUUCACAGCACAUGGAAAGGCAAAGAAUGUUUGCUAAAGCUCUGCGAUACUGAGCUUUCACUGACCAUGGGGAUAAUAAACUGGCUACGAAAACACUCAGGACUCAUCUCCUCCCCUGACUCUCUUCAGAGUCCUCAAUCACAGCCAGAAAAAUCUAAUGAUUCAUUGAUCCUGCCCAGUCACAGUCCAGAGCAGAAAGGCAGCACAGAAGCUCAGCAGGAGACACCAGGCAAGGGUGAAUCUAAUACAUUUAACAUAUGUGUGCCUUUGGAGGAAAGCAAACAUGCAACCCAGGCCUCUUCAGUAAACAUUGCUGGAAGAGACCACAGCCUGGACACAUCUGAUCUGGAUUUCCAAGGAAGAGAAGGGAGUCACCACACGGACUUAUUUACAGUGCCUGGGACUGUGGAAACCACCAGAUCAUCAAGUUAUGCACCGCAAUUGCAGGCUAACAGAGACAAUCUGCAGACAUCUUCAACUGAGAAUGAGAAGAUAGCAAUUUCCCUGGGAUGUGAGACAACCCAAGAUAAAAACCCACUGCCAGAAACGCUGAACAGAGACAGUGGCUCCCAGAGCUCUGAAAAUCCUUUGUUAGAUGAUAAUCAGGAAGUAGAAUCAUGUUACUCCUACAAGACUGCUGCAACCUCACUCCAAGAUCCCCUUGAGAGGGAAGACAGAAAUAAACCAAUGUAUCACUCUCUCUCUAUUUCCUGUGACAAACCACCGCAGCCUCUAACCCUCAAUCACUUCCAGAGCUACAUGAGCCCCACACCAACAGAGAGCAGCACUAACAUAGUGCAGCUCUUAGAGCACUGUGUAACACAGGUGGCAUCAUUAAAAAUCAGCUAUGAAAACAAGCACCUGGAAGACAAAUACAUUGGGAAUGAAAUGAACAGUAUCAUUCAUAAGAUGUCUCAGUACAAAAACAAGUUAUUGCUGCACAAUGAAUGCAGCUGCAUUGCUCAAAUUCCAGAAUAUCCCAGCAUUCCUAGCACAAACCAAUACAACUAUGAGACAAGUUUCCAAUCUAGCAAUCUGUAUCAUUUGAAGCAAAAUGGGGAGCAAAUUUGCUCUGAAGAUCAGAAAAGUAGAGCAAAAAUCCUAGAUGGGGUUACUCGAAGCAAGAUCAAUUUUGAAUAUGCCCAGCUGAAUAAUCAAGCACUCUCCUAUUUAAGGGACUUUGGUCCUGAGACAUCUCCUAGUAGACCAACAUUUUUACCUCUUUUUAACUCUGUCUGCCCAGACAUAGCUGGUACCCUCUCACAGGGCUCACACAGCACGGCUGUCUGUCUGUCUGACCCGCUGCAGCCUGAGGAGGGCAAGCAGUGCAGCCCACGGCCCUGGAACUGUGUGGAGAGCCCCUGCCAUGGCCUUGCUGCAGCGACUGCUCUGUCCCCUCUCCUAGAGGCAGUGGCCCGGGAUGCAGCUGUGGCAGCCAGGAACCAUCAGUGA